CGAAUUAUAACCCCACAUUCAAUACUCUUUCUCAAAAAUAUCCGCCAAUUAUUUUUUUAUUAUUGUGGAAAGAGUUUAUUUUAUAAGCUGUACAUGAAAAAUUAUUUUUCUACCAUGUUGAGGCUGUGAUAGGUUUAGCUAUGUGUGGAUCGGACCUAUAACUUGUGUUGUGAGUGAAAGAUAACUAAGAAGAUGGAGGAGAUGUCAGGGGAUGUGGUGUGGUUAGUGGUGGUCAGCUUCUUGGUCGCCUUCGUCCUCGCCUUCGGGAUCGGGGCCAACGACGUGGCCAACUCCUUCGGCACUUCCGUCGGCUCCAAAGUCCUUUCGGUGAAGGCAGCCUGCAUCCUGGCCACCUUCUUCGAGAUGGCUGGAGCUAUUCUUAUUGGGUACAAGGUGUCUGAUACAAUGAGAAAGGGAAUUCUGGAUGUCACGUUAUACGAAGGUUCUGAACAAGAACUUAUGCUUGGUUGUUUAUCUUCCUUAAUUGGAAGUGGUAUUUGGCUGAUGGCAGCAACAUUUUUGAAGUUGCCGAUAUCUGGGACUCAUUCUAUAGUAGGCGCCACUGUUGGAUUUUCUCUCGUUUGUCGAGGAACAAGUGGUUUGCAUUUAAGAACUUUGACUACUAUAGUUGCAUCGUGGUUUGUAUCUCCAGUAUUGUCAGGGAUCGUCUCGGUCGUUCUCUAUAGAGCAAUUCAGGGACUGAUCAUCCGAGCAGAAAACCCUUUGACCCCGGCACUUAGAGCUCUCCCCUUCAUCUAUUUGGCAACUGUAGCUGUAAACGUUUUUUCUGUCGUUCAUGAUGGACCCAAAUUGUUGUAUUUGAAUAAUAUACCACUGUGGAUUAGCUGUGCAGUUAGUAUUGGUUUCGGAAUUGUAGCUGCUAUUAUUGUUCAGUUUGUUUUUGUUCCUGCUCAAAAGAAACUUGUACUUGAAAACAUAAGAAAAUCGACUAUCCGAGAUGUCCAGUUUACUUUUGGGGAAUCAACAGAUUCUUCUCGAGAUGGGAGUCCUAGAAAUUCAAGACUACUUGAAGAUGCCACAGCUUCCCGUGGUCUUCCAGUGAUAGUUGAAGUCCCAGCAAAUAACAAUGGAUAUGUACUAGCACAAACUGAAUCUCUAUCGGAUAUCCCUACUAUAGAAAAGAAAGGAGAUAAAGAAAAUCUUGAUCAAAAGCUGAAUCUUCCCAAUAAUGGAAAUGUUACUCCGGCGUUUGGCCUGUCACCAAACAGUAGCGCUGUUCCUUUAAUUAAAGAAAAGCCGCUGGAGCCGAUGCAAAUUGAAAACAGCAAUGAAAAUGAAGAUAGGCCAGAGAUCGCAAGGGUAUUUUCUUUUCUUCAGAUACUCACAGCAUGUUUUGGGUCAUUUGCACAUGGUGGUAAUGACGUCAGCAAUGCUAUUGGCCCACUUGUUGCAGUCUGGUUGAUUUUUGUAGAAGGUAGUGUCUUACAGAAAACCGAAACCCCUCUCUUUAUUCUGGUAUACGGAGGAAUUGGGAUAUCUAUUGGUUUAUGGGUUUGGGGCCGCAGGGUAAUUAAAACAAUUGGUGAAGAUCUCACUAAGAUCACCCCAUCCACGGGUUUCACCAUUGAAAUAGGAGCAGCUCUAACAGUAUUAAUUGCAUCAAAAUUUGGCCUUCCAAUCAGCACGACACAUUGUAAAGUUGGAUCUGUUGUAUUUGUUGGUUGGUGUAAUUCUUCAUCAUCUGGGGUUGAUUGGACACUUUUUAGGAAUAUAAUUUCUGCUUGGGUUGUGACUGUGCCUGUUGCCGCUCUCCUAAGCGCUGGUUUCAUGGCUGCUUUACGACCCAUAGUCAUUUAA